AUGCUACGCCGUGUGGGUUUGGUUUCCGCUACGGCAACCUUGUUGGAGCGGACACACGGUGGACUAAAGGACCAGGACCGUAUCUUUGUUAACCUAUACGAUGAUUUCGGUACUGAUAUUGCCAGUGCGGAGCGACGGGGUGACUGGUACCGCACAAAGGAUCUAUUGCUGAAGGGACAGGACUGGAUCAUUGCAGAGAUGAAGGCAAGUGGACUACGUGGCCGCGGUGGGGCUGGUUUUCCAUCGGGAUUGAAGUGGUCAUUUAUGCCAAAAGUAAAGCCUGAUGGGAGGCCGAGUUAUAUUGUGGUGAAUGGCGAUGAGUCGGAGCCAGGAACCUGUAAGGAUCGUGAGAUUAUGCGGCAUGAACCGCACAAGUUAGUGGAAGGCGCCCUUGUCGCCGGCUUUGCGAUGCGAGCGCGUUACGGUUUUAUUUACAUUCGUGGAGAGUUCUAUAAUGAGUGUCGUAGUGUGAAUAGGGCCAUCCAGGAGGCAUAUGCGAAGGGCUAUCUUGGCCAGAAUGCCUGUGGUAGCGGAUAUGACUUUGAUCUCUACACGUACAGCGGCGCUGGGGCGUACAUCUGCGGAGAAGAGACGGCGAUGCUCUCAAGUCUUGAAGGCGGUCCCGGCAAGCCGAGAUUAAAGCCGCCGUUUCCCGCUAAUGUUGGACUCUACGGCUGUCCAACUACCGUAACGAAUGUGGAGACAGUAUCGGUGUCGCCAACCAUUUUACGCCGCGGCCCACAGUGGUUUGCCUCAUUUGGACGUAAGAACAAUGCUGGAGUGAAACUGUACUGCAUUUGUGGACACGUAAACCGUCCAUGCACGGUGGAGGAGGAGAUGAGCAUUCCACUGCGUGAUCUUAUUGAGCGACACGCUGGUGGAGUGCGUGGGGGUUGGGACAAUCUUCUCGCCGUUAUCCCUGGUGGCUCUUCAUGUCCGUUGAUUCCAAAGAGUAUAUGCGAUACGGUGCUUAUGGACUAUGAUGCGUUGAAGGAAGUGCAGACGGGUCUUGGCACAGCCGCAGUAAUUGUGAUGGACAAAUCCACCGAUCUCAUUGCCGCUAUUCAUCGUCUCUCACAGUUUUACGCCCAUGAGUCCUGUGGACAGUGUACACCCUGUCGUGAAGGUAGUCCAUGGCUGGAAAAGAUGAUGCGACGAUUUGUGCAUGGUAACGCCAAGAAGGAAGAAAUUGGCACAAUGCUGGACGUUUCAAAACAACUGGAGGGCCGUACAAUUUGUGCUCUAGCGACGGCAGCAGCGUGGCCUGUACAAGGACUCGCACGACACUUUACACCAAUGCUGGAGGAACGAAUUGAAAAGUACUGGGAGGCGAAUCCGCAUUGGGGUAAGGCAGGAUCACCAUGGCGGCGCUGGAAGACGCAUCGGUACUAUGCGAUGCAGAAGGGAGAUAAGUUAAAUUGGGAUGGCAAGAUUGUACGAAACUGGAACUAA